AUGAAUCAUGCUUCCAGUGACCAAAUAUAUUUCAUUCAUAACACAACCCUGUAUUUGUUUUUGUAUGUUUUUGUUCAAAUAACUUACUAUUUAAUAUGGCUAUUUUUUACUAAUAAAAAUAUUAUAAAAUUUUUGACAAAAUUACAAAACAAAAUACUAAAAAAAUAUUGCCAGUAUUUUAAAUCUUCUGAAUAUUUGGACAUUUGUAAAAAUAUAGAAGAAUUACAAUUGAAGAUAAAAAAAUGUAAUAAAUUAAUCGAUCGAAAUAAAAAAGAAAAUAGCCAUUUAAAUAGUUAUGAUUUAUUAUUAUUAAAUGGAAAAUAUACAAGAAAACUUUUAAAGGACGAACAAAAGUUAAACACUUAUAUCCAACAACUUCACGAGCAAAAUAAAAAUAACUAUAUUGUUUUAACAUGGAAUGCAUUAUUGCAAUUUUUUUCAUCAACUGAUAAAAUCACCAGUAUUCUUAGAAGACAGCUAUGUAUUUCAAUUAUUUUUCUAUCAUUUAUAUUCCUUUUUAAUGUCAAUUUUGAAAUACCGCUUUUCAAGAUAAACUUAAAUAUGUGGUUUAAAAGAAAUAUUCAAAUAGAAGAAUCAGAUAAAAAUCCAAAUGGAUUGUUAAGUUUUAUGUAUGGAUAUAAUAUCGCGAAUUUUUUUUUUAUGACAAUGAAAGAAAAUUUUUCUAAUAUAUUUAUAAAAUUACCAAUAGAAAAUAAAACAAAAAAAAAUUCUAUAUUGUUUUAA